UUAGGGUUAAAGGGGAACGAGAGAUAUUGACGAUGUUGUCGAGAGAUAAAGAACAAUGGAUGAAAGAUUUGCAAAAAAAGUAACGAUGAUAAAGGAAACAGGCUGUUGGGUGAAAACGAGAAGCUGGUGCGACUUGGAUGGGGGAGGGAUAGAGAGAGAGGGGGUGCCGGGGCAACCUGAAGUGUUGUAUCAUUAAGUGUUUUUUUAAUAUAUAUAUUCGUUGCGAGUGAGGAUCGAGUCCAAAAACCAAUCUGCGGAGCAAUAUUCCCUUUCACCAUGCACACUGUGGGAAAAGAGAAACCGUCUAUCAAUGGGAAUGCAUGGACGGAGCCGCUUCCUUGCCCCUCUGGUGUCGUGAGCAGCAACCAAGUGUCAGAGGGCGAGCGGGGUGGGUUUGAAAAUCUCAGCGCGUUUGGCAAUCGCCCGGUGACAACAACAUCCCCCUCUGGUUCCUUCUUCUCCGCCUAUGUUUGCGCGGCUGUUGCGGAUAGCACGCAGUCAGGGCGCUUCUGUCCGCCACUCUCUCUCUCUCUCUCUCACCCUCCUAACCUGACGUAGAGGAGUACGUUGGGAACGACAGAGAUAUUUAACACGAUGGUAGUUGGUAGCGGCGCGCACAGCUCUCUCGCUCUCGUGUGUGUGUGUGUGUGUGUGUGUGCAAUAGUCAAAGACCGCCGCUCUCUCAUAGCAAGCGAUCGAUCGCAGGGCGCCGGCAGCAACUCUCACUGGGAACUGGCGAAACCUACAACCAAAGCAAAUUGCACUUUGGCGACACAACAAACAGGUGCCUAGGAAAGAAAUGCAAGGGGUCGAAUGAAGUCUUGCCUUUGUGUGAAAUUAAGAGGGCAGUUGAUUUACAUGUUUUUUAAUAGCCUGGUCCAUUUUUCUUCUUCUGCCGAACGGAAGCUUGCCGAUUGCCAGUGUGGGUUUAACGCCGCGCUCGGGGUCGGCGCGUUAAAUCAUCUGCUUGAGGACGAUCGAUAAAGAGUUAAUUGCACGGCGAUUCAGUCAGGAACACGGGGGCGUCUCUUCAUUAAUAAGGGGUAGACAUGGCCAGUCAGUAGCCUAGCCAGAGGCGGCUCUCCGCGGGGAAAAACAUACGAUGGCUUUGGAGACCUCGCUGAAGUUGGCCCCGACAGGCGAGUGGAUUUUAGCAGACUUCGAAGGCUGCAACGCCUCCACCGAGAUGGGCUCCAAUCUGACCUGCAACGCCACCAACCCCUUCGACUUUGUGAUGGGCGGCAGCGUGCUGGUCCCAUUGUUCUACUUCGUGGUGUGUGUGGUGGGACUGAGCGGCAACACCUUGGUUAUCUACGUGAUCCUGCGCUACGCCAAGAUGAAGACUGUCACUAACAUCUACAUCCUCAACUUGGCCAUUGCCGACGAGCUCUUCAUGGUGGGCCUGGCCUUCAUCGCCAUCCAGGUGGCCCUGGGCCGCUGGCCCUUCGGCCACAUUCCCUGCAGGAUCCUGAUGACCGUGGACGGCAUCAACCAGUUCACCAGCAUCUUCUGCCUGAUGGUCAUGAGCAUCGACCGCUACCUGGCCGUGGUCCACCCCAUCAAGUCUUCGCGCUGGCGCAAGCCUCUGGUGGCCAAGCUGGUGAACGUGGCGGUGUGGUUCAUCUCGCUGUUGGUCAUCUUGCCCAUCAUGAUCUACGCCGGGGUCCAGACCAUGCGCGAGUUAAGCAGCUGCACCAUCAUCAUGCCCACCGAAGACCUCUUCUGGUACACCGUCUUCGCCAUCUAUACCUUCGUGUUGGGCUUCUUCUUGCCCUUCUCCGUCAUCUGCCUCUGCUACCUCAUGAUCAUCGUCAAGGUCAAGGCCUCGGGCAUCCGCGUGGGCUCGUCCAAGCGCAAGAAGUCGGAGAAGAAGGUGACCAAGAUGGUCUCCAUCGUGGUGGCCGUCUUCGUGUGCUGCUGGCUGCCCUUCUACAUCUUCAACUUCGUCACACUGACCGUCGAUGUGAAGCCCACGGCGGCCAGCAAAGGCUUCUACGAGUUCAUCGUCAUCAUGUCGUACGCCAACAGUUGCGCCAACCCCAUCCUCUACGCCUUUCUGUCUGACAACUUCAGGAAGAGCUUUCAGAACGUGUUGUGCCUGAAGAAGGUGAGCGGCUUGGACGAGGUGGACCGCAGCGACAGCCGGCAGGACAAGUCCCGGCUACAGGAUGUCACCGAGACACAGCGGACUCUCCUGAACGGCGAUGACCUCCAGACCAGCAUCUAACCCCCCCCCCCCCCCCCCCCAC